UUGAUACAUAUUUGAGGGACGAAAUUGUAGUUCACUAAAAAUACAAUACCGCUGCUGAGUGCUGUACGGGUGGAUUUUGGGAGUAUUUCAGAAAGUUUUAUAGCUUGUAACUUCGGUUCCCGCUUUCGUUCGUCUUCAAUCUCCCUCUAAUCACACUUUAUAGAUCAGUGGUGAUCUUGAAAGAUGGCUAUUGAUGAAGAAGAAACCAUAGAGCAAGCAGCAGCAGCUCGACGUGAGAGGCUGAAAGCUUUGAAAGCUGCUCAACAACUUCUUGAAAAUCCUGAAGAAGAUGGAGCACCCAAUGAUAAGGAAGAUGAAAAUGGAAAUGAUGAUGAAGAAAAUGAUGUUAAUGUGAAAUUCCGAAAUUACCUUCCUCAUGAUAAGCAGCUUCAAGAGGGUAAACUUGCUCCACCAAAGUUACCAAAGUUUGAAGACCCUGUAGCUAGUGAACCUCCAAUUGAAGAGGAAAAGAAGGAUCCUUUUUUGAACAUUGCCCCCAAAAAGCCAAACUGGGAUCUUAGAAGGGAUGUACAGAAGAAACUUGAUAAGCUUGAAAAACGUACACAAAAGGCCAUAUUUCAACUUAUGGAGCAACAAGAAAAGGAAAAGCAGUUGGCUGAAGAAGAUGGCAAAGAUGAUGAUUCUGGGAACUAGAAAACAACUUCAUGUCUACGAAUCAACUACUUUAAGGUAAACAGUUGCAAACUAAAAUUUAGUUUAUUAAAGUUGUAACAGUUUUUAGCAACAGUGUUACUUAAAUAGGAAACAAAACGAAAAACUUUGAGGUUGUAUUUAGGAUUUUUGAAGGAACAUAUUUCUCUAUCGGGGUUAAUCUGGUUCUAUGUUGGUUGUGGCUCUAACCUGAACAGACUUAUGUUUUUGGUGCA